AUGGGCGUGCCGUUCACGAACAUCUUCGCCAGCGACUCGGCCAAGCCCUGCCAGAAGGUCAUCAAGGCUGUGCACAAUCCUGGCAAGUUCUUCACAGGCAUAACCAAGCGCACCCCUGAAGAGGAAGAGGAUACUGACGUCUACACGUGGACGCCACCGUGCCAGGAUUUAAGCCAGAACGGUCUUCGUCAGGGAAACAUUUUCACGAUGACCCACAAAAGGCUCAAGCCCGUGCUGGAUGGCAUUGUCAAGGGCUUGAUCAGCAUCGGCUACGCUGUGAACUACAGCGUGCUCGAUUCACGCGACUACGGCAUUACAAGAGAUCGUCGCCGGGCGUUCGUGGUGGCCAUCAGGACAGACGCCAUCAAACAUCCAUUCAAUUGGCCCGAAAUCACCAAGCCGUGCCCAAGCAUCAACACGAUCUUGGACGCGUGGAAACCCACCGACCGGGCGGGCCGCCUGCCUACGGUCCAGCGCCAGAAGGAUGCGUGCAAGACGGCCUACAAGGAGUGCUUCGACUACGGGCGCGACCCUCGUUCCACGCCCAUCCUGGUUGACAUCGACGCUUCGCCUAAAUUCGCAACCUGCGGCAUCGACGAGGCCAAGACCAUCGCCAGGUCAAGGGGCGGAGAUGGUGGGCCUUGGAUUUCUACGAGGUGGCGCCGCACAACCCCGACUGAGUUGAUCAAGCUACAGGGUUUCGAGCUGACUGAUAUCCCGUGGACGACGCUGAAGAUCAGCCAGCGCCAGUUGGGCCAACUCAUCGGCAACGCUGUUUCCGUGAACACGAUUGGGGCAAUUCUCGAGGAGGCCCUGUGGAGCUCAGGUUUGGUCGAGAAGAAGGUGCCUUUCCCGCGUGGACAAGUAAUGGUCCUCAAGUUGGGGGCUGCACACGACGGCCGCGGCAAGUGGAAACGAACGUAUCCAGUAUGGGCGAAUAGGUUCCCCAUAGACCAUGCGCAGCCAAAGUUGGGCACGUGGCUUGAUAGCAAGUGGGCGAAAGGCUUGGGCGUGGGUUGCAAAGUCUGCCGGGCUGCUGGCUUCACCAUGAACCCUUUCGGUGCGUACGAAGUUAGAUCAAACGGCGCCAUGCAAGUUUGCUAUUUACAGAAGCACGCUCAGUGUGCCGAGCACAAGGCUGCCGCGGCAGCGUUCCUAGCUGGAAACCUUGAUGAUGCGGCGCACUCAGUGAUGUGCCCGAAGUGGGACGAAUUCAAACAGGUUGCCGAUGACAUCGUUGCAGGCAGAAGUUUGGGCCAUGGGACUAUUGCGCGUCGGAGAAUCCUGCGGUGCUUGAAGGAGGUCUUGUGCGCUGAUGACAGAGAGGCUUUAAAGUCAGCUAGAGCGAUAUCUUUGUUUCGGGAUGAGCGAAAAGGUCGGCUGGCUGUGAGAUACCGAGCUGUAAAUCAGAAUUUGGAUGAGUUCAGUGGCACUUUGGGCCAGGAGAGAGACUUCGGAACUGGUGCCACUAAGAUUACGGAAGCUAUCUUCAGAAUCAUAGAGCGAAUGUGCACGAAGUUCAGUGACUCACCGAAACUCUGUCGUGCAACCCCCACGUUGAUGCCGAGCUUGAUGGCCCAUGUUCGCGAGAGUGUCAUGUGCAUCGCCGUCGACUCAGCUGGAGAUGAACUUCUCGCGAGUGAAAUUAUGCGCAACCGAUCACUUGCUCAGACGGAAAGGGCACUCACGCCAAACCUGAAGAUCGUGCUGCGCGACUCAGCGCACGCCUCGCGGCGCAUCAUUCCGCGACCCUGGAACGCAGACCCAUACUUGAGAGAUGUAGCGAUGAUGAUGGCACAAGGCCGCAGUUCGGUCGCCAAGCUCGUGAAGAACAGCACCGAGACCUCGCAUGUGUUCGCUGGGCAUGUCAAGUCUUCACAGAGCUCCGCGGUUACAUCCGCGAUAAGGAACAUGCGAGCCGCAUCGCAUCGUUUUGAGUAUUGGCAAAAACCUCUUGGCCGCACUGCUCUCUUCAUGCAUGCGAGCAUCAAGACAGCGAUGUACGUGGCCAACCGCCCGGCCAAGGAUGAGAACACCGACAAGGCCACAGCGCGGCUUGCAUGGGUGGACAGCGAACGAUGUUUAAUGCUUGCGAUGAUGGCGGACGUGGCUGACGAAGGGAUGUGCUUGACGAGACUGCUCGAUAAUGAAGACGUUGACACCGCCUGUCUCAAUUCAGAAGUGCUCCUGUUCAUCAGAACGGUCGAGGCAAUGUUUGGUGAGAGCGAGCGGUGCUUAACUAUUUUCGGUUACACUUCGGUCAUGAUGAACCUCCUCAACGAGUACGUGGUUUGGCACGUCAACGACGACUCGCGGAGCAUAGGUUUCGAGCGCGGUGCACCUCGCGACAUUGUCAACAGGUGCAUGGAGAGGAUGAGGUCUUACGUGGUCCUGGCGCGGGCAGCGCUGGCAGCUGAGUUUCCAAGUUUCGAGAUGAGCCAGGCAUUCCAAGUGUUCGACUCGUCCACCACGCACCCCCGGGCGGAUGUGGAUUUGCGGCGGAUUGCUCAGGCAUUGGAUCGCCGUGCCGCGGACAUCAACCCAACUAGGCUGCAGGCUCAGUGGGAACAUGGGUUCCCGAGGGCUCGCCAACAACAGCAGAGAGGUUUGUCGAAUAAGGAAGCUUGGAGAUAUGUGAUACAGAAACUAGGGCAGCAGAGACUAGCGCUGCGGCACAACAUCGACGAUCUGAGAUCAGCUUUGGUUGCAUAUGUGGCCUUUGGAAUCGGUACGUCGGGGGUGGAGCAGAAGUUUAGCCUGGCUGCGCUCAAGUUUAACUGUCGCCAACUCUCCUCAGACGCGCGCAGCGAGGACAUGUUUCUCAAGAUCGCUCUGGACUCGCCCAAUCGUGACCUCAACAAAGUCAUUGACAGUGCCCGGCGGAUUUGGCUUGAGACCUGUGGGCGUCCUGUAGUGAGGAAGUUUCCGCGCAUCGACAGAGGGGUUAAGAGACCGCGAACAGCGAUGAAGAAAGGCGAUGCCGAAAGCAUACGUCAGCGCCGCAAGGCUGCGAGGCUCGCUGUUUCGGAUACAGUGGCUGGCGAUUCGACCAGGGAGGUCGGACCAGGCUCGAGCUGGGGUGCCACGCACCAGAAGGAGCCCGACUUCUUGAACAACAAGCAUGAUACCAAACGAUGCAUUGCAUACUCGGAGAACGUCCCCCUACCACAGGAAGUGACGCAUGCUGUUUGCGAAGACGCCGCCGCCAAACACAAGAAGCAACUUGCUGAUCAAUUGGCCAGGUCGCGUAAGACUAAGCGCGUGCGAUUAGCCGCGCUGGGCACGCCAACGGCCAAGCUCCUCGAAGCCAUCAAGGGGAAGCCUGUUUUCGUGGAUAUACCUUGCAGGUCGCCAGAGGUGGCGGCCGCACACAUCGCCUGA